AUGAAGGGCAUCUCCAAGGCGUUUGCGCGGACACCGCAUCUGAUGACUUCGAGGAUCGGCAUGUCCAAGAAGUCGUCCGAUCCGGUGUUUGAUGACUUGAAUCGCAAGUUUACGAGUAUCGAACAGUCGACGGAUAAGCUGUUGAAGGAUGCCAAGGUGUUUAGUGAUUCAGUUAUUGCCCUAUUGACAUCCGGCGCCAACUUUGCGACUCAUUUCUCCAAUCUGUUCCAUCCAAUUGCUGGAGAGUAUGACCUUAUUGGCCGACAUCCCGAGGCCGAGGAUACCGUGCGAAAUGUGACCGCCUACCAGGCUGACAUGGAGGAACUCAGGCAAACUCUAUCCCCCGAGCUCGAAUUGAUCGAGUCGAGGAUUGUAGGGCCUGUAAAGGAGUUGCAGACUAUCAUGAAGGGUAUUCGAAAGGGUAUCACCAAACGGAUCACAAGACACAACAACUCUUUGACCAAGCUUAGGGAGAAAAAGGAGAAAACUUUGAAUGACGAGAAGAAUUUAUUCAAGUUGGAACAAGACUUUGAGAUGGCUGUAAACGAGUAUGAAAUGAUCAACAAUGCCAUGAAAGCCGACCUGCCUCGGUUUAUGAUCAUGGCCACCCAAUUUAUAGAUCCUCUGUUCCAUUCAUUCUUCUAUAUGCAGCUGAAUAUAUUUUAUCUCAUGCUUGAAAAGCUCCAACAAUUCGCAUCGGGGAAAUACGAGACCAAUGGGACCGUAGCCGAUAUUGAAAAUUCGUAUCACUCCCGAACAACAGAUGCUAUUGAGCGAAUCGAGGCGCUCACAAUCACCAAGCGCAUGGUGUCGACAGCCAAGAUGGUGCAAACGAAUAGGCUUGCCUCGGGUGGUUCGGGCACCUUGUCUGCAGGUGGAUCUGUGCGUCGGGCGCCUUCGACGGCUUCCACAAUGAGCUCUUUGGCCGGCAAAAAAGCACCGCCUCCACCACCUGGAGCUGCCUCUUCCUCUGCUGCCCCACCUCCUUAUACACCACCAGCACCCAACUCUAACGUGGCUGUAAUUGGAAAGAAGGCGCCUCCACCACCUCCGCCUCUCAAACCCAAGCCGAGCUCUGCCCCGCCUGUGCAAUACGUUGUUGCAUUAUAUGACUUUGUCGCGCAGGCUGAUGGGGACUUGAGCUUCAGAGUGGGUGAUAGAAUUGAAGUUGUUGAACGGACGGCCAGUUCCGAAGACUGGUGGACCGGACGUUUGAACGGACAGCAGGGCGUAUUUCCAGGCAAUUAUGUUCAGGACUCGUAA